GGCCGCAGUUUCGUAUUCAAUUAAUGUGACGCGAGCAUGCGCAAAGAGAGGCCCAUUUACUUCACAAGGUGGGGACUGACUGUGUGUCACUUGUUUGUCUUGUCAAAGCUCAAGUGGCCUACAAUAUUCACAUACAGAUCUUUAAAUUAAAAUGGCGGCCCUGAAACACUUGUGUCUUACCGCUUUUGUCUUGCUGGUGACUAUUGGGCUAACUUCAGGAGACUGCGCUUCUAAAGUAACACAAUGCUACAUCACAUACAUGCAAAAAGAUGUGACCCACGCCUCCGAUCAAGCCGUCAUGUGCAAUGACAUGCAAGAUUUAGUCGCUUGUUUAUUUCAACAAAACUGCGGCUUCACAACAGAAAUGGAGACACAAUUAACCGAGCACAUGAAUUCACAGCUGAAGCAGCAUGGACACAAGUGCUCAUUUAAUGUAGCUGACCUCAUCAACAAGCACAGAAAUGGCGCCAAAAGCAUCAAUUCACUGCCAUCAGCUCUGAUCCUGUUCGCCUUGGUCACGGUGUCGAUCUUGGUCAAGAUUUUGUGAAUGCCACACAUUUCUCUUUAUAAAUGUGUUUCUUUCACAAAAUCCUUUUUAUGUUGGUAUUAACUUUGAUUGUUUCUGUAUUGCAUACUGAAACAUUUUUCUUUUGUCAAAUUAAUACCAACUUUUGCUGUUUCUAACCUCUACAAUAUUAUUUUUAACUUCAAAUUAAAAAUAUAAAUUCUGCACACUAAAUUUUUACAAUGAAAUACUUUAACAAUUAAAAUAAGAACAAGCAAACACUUAUUAAUGUGACACGUCUGAUAAUUUGAAGGUUCAUUAAAAAUACAUUUAUAUUUCCAAAGAUUCUUUAAUAUUUAUGACUGUUUUUGUUUAGAAAUAAAAUCUUCAGCCAUUAAAUCAGAAACAAAAAUA